AACCGGAAAUGCUCUGGUUUUCAAAGAGUUCAUGGCGGGUUGCUUCAUGCCUUAUGGCUGCUUCUCAGUUACCGUGAACUGUUUAAAGUAUUUAAGAACAGUUUCUAGAAUUACAUAGAAGGCGUUUGCGUGACUUGUAAUGGAUUCAGAGAGGAAAGCUACUGUUGCUAGCAAGGUCUCAAAUAAACCCCUGAAAUCAACCCCGAAAAGAAGGAUGCCUUACUCCGGAUCUAAAAAUAUCAAUUCCAAAUUCAAAUCUCCUCUUCAGUCUCCCAGCAUCCUGCACCAUACUUCCCUGGUCCAGCCCAGCCUUGAAGAAGAGAUUGAGGAGCUGAGGAGAAAGCGUACAGAACUGGAUUCUGAGAUCGCCCUCCUGGAAAGCGAGGGUGUAGGAGUGCAGGAAUUGGAACAGCAUAUUGACCUGCUGCAUGAGUACAAUGACAUAAAGGACAUUGGUCAGACCCUGUUGGGCAAACUUGCGACGGCUCGAGGUGUGACCACACGCGACUUGUAUGAGCACUUUGGACUUCAGCUAGAUGACUAAGGUGUCGCCUUCAUGAACUCUAACGUGCUGGAGUGAUGGUAAACUGCUUGUUACACCUAUUCACCCAGUUCUGCCACUCGGUCUAAUUCUGCUCAAUUGGUGAUCUUCUGUAUGACGACUUGGAGGUAAAACUUCUGUACAAUACAGCAUGAAUUGUGUGUCUUUUCAUAGUAAUUAUAAUGCACUUUUCGGUAAAGUUACAUAACUGAGCGUGUUGGAGCAGUGAGCUGCACCUGCCUUGUGUAAUAGUUAUGAGUUUUGCAUUUUAAUGUUAUGUUUAUUUAAACAGUUUAUUUUCUAAAAGAGUUGGAGGAUUGAUGCACAUACAUUGAUUUUCCUGAUUAUAGAUGUAUGGUAUGAUUACACCCAGCCAUGCAGUUAAAUAAAAAUGACCAGAUA